AUUCAAACUCACCAACGGCUAUCUUUAUCAUACAGACUUGUCUCGCUUUUGCUGUUUUCUUUUUUCCCCUCUCUCUCUCUCUCUCUCUCUCUCUCUCUCCACUCUCUUUGAAAUUCCGAGGAACGAGGAGGGAGGAUUGGAUUCUCUGAAUGAGUAACGGAUAAUUAAGUAAGUAGUAGUAUUCGAACAGGCGAGUUAAUAUUACCCCUUUUGUUUCCCGCCCGCUCGGUUUUGUUCGUGUGGGACUGGGAAUUGAAUUGAACUGAACUGGAACCAGUCCGCCAGUGCUGCCGCUGCUGCGUUGUGGUCCUCCAGAUCAGAUUUUGCUGUUUAGGUAUUUUAUGUUUUUCGGCAGUAAUGUUGUUAAUGAUGUCAUAGCUGCUGCUUUUUUAUGCAUUCUCUCUCUUGCUAUGCUAGAUGCUUCUUUUUGUUUUAAUUUGGUGCUUACUUACGAUACGAGUGAUUGUAUGUACGUAGUAGUAGUAGUGAAGUAGUUUCGUUGUUGUAUGUAGUGAUUACUGAACUGAAGUGAAAGGGGGAAUAUUUGUUUGUUGGUUUUGUUCCAUUCCCAAGCAGGCAGGCAGGCAGGGAUUGUGUUGUCUGUCUUCUCUGAUAUCUGUGAAGGAACGAACAAGUAGUUGUAAAUGGAGAGAGCGUAUGCACAUGCGUCUGUGCGUGCAGAAGAGGCUGAUGAUUAUGAAGCUGGAGCUGAGAUGGAAAAGGAAGAUUUGCUGCUGGCCAGAGUCAGACUCGAGGAGGAGGAAAGAAGCAAGUUUGAAGAUGAAUUGAAAUGGAAGAAGGAACAGUUCAAUCAUUUAGAAGAAGCCCACAAAAGGCUUCAGGAUGAAUUCAAAAGCAGGCACAGCCAGUGGGACCACGAAAAAUCUGCUCUUCUUGAUGCCAUCUCUUCUUUACAGGAUAACUUGGAGUCUCAGAAAAGAAUUUCACAGGACCUACAAGGCCGACUCGAAAUGUGUGACCAGGCUCUAGCUCAUGCUGAGACCAAAAAAAGAUCACUGGAAGCUCAAUUAAUGGAAUCCAGGACAAGGUUUGAGGAUGUCUGUGUUGAAUAUGAGGAAGCCAAGCUAAGUUUCGACAACUUAACUUGUCAGAGAGAUGAAGAAAUCGCAACACUGAGGAGUUCAUUGAGGACAAAAGAGAUACUCCACAAAGAAAUGGAGUAUCAGCUCAAGAAGGUGGAGCAAGAAAACCAAGAGCUGUUGGCUUCUUUGAAACAACUCCGAGAAGCUCAAAUUCGUGGAAGUUGCUUUUCCUCUUCCUCUUCCUCUUCGAAGCUUCAAAGAAAGCUCAAGUCUUUGGAAGAGGUGCACAGGGGAUGCUCCACAAAGGAAGCUGAAUGGCACGCCCGGAUGGAGGAAUUAUCAGAUGAAUUAUACACCUGCAGAUUGGAAUUGAAAAGCAGGGAUGCAUUGUUGAAUGAGCUCUACGGGGAACUGGAAGCUUGUCAUUCUUUGAAACUGCAGCUGGAAUUUGUGUAUGAAGAAGAGACUAAGCUGAUUCUACUGGUUCUGAAAUCGCAGCUUGCAGAAGCAGAAAUCAAGCAGGCCAACAAUGAUCUGAAGAACAAGGAAAAGAUUACCAAGCUAGUUGAGGAGAUGCAGAGCACAAAGGAUGCUCUUACCAGCGUUGAGAAAGAUCUCGAGGAUGAAAGGGAAAGGGUUAUAAUUUUGUUGCAAGAGGUUGAAAGGCUUGAGAAAAACCUCCAAGAAUCAACAGCAGCAGCAUGCCAGGGCCACUUGGAAAAGGUUCGAGCCACUGAAGAGCUGUAUGAGAGAUGGCAGGAAGCGGACGAAAUCAAGUUUGAAUUGCAGGAAUGGAAAUGUAUGGCCCAACAACUUGCAGAAAAUCUCAAGCAGAAGCUUGAAAUGCGUAGAGAAGUAGAAGCUUCUCUUCUGGCAGAAAUGGAGGUUGAGCUGAAUCUUAAAGUAGAGAAAGAAAGUCUAUGCACUCAACUUGAAGGAAAAGAGAAGAGAAUAGAGUGUCUCCUGCAACAGCUUGCAGGAAGAGAGGAAGAGAUACAACAUCUCCAGAAACAGCUUGUUGCCGAAAAAUCAAAUAUAGAAGAAACAUGCAGCAAAUGCAAGAAGAGGAGAAAUUUGAUGCCUCAAAUCAGUUUGCUAUUGGAAAAGAUGGAAGACCAAACUCGGGAAGAUAAACAUCUGAUGGAAAGGAUGAUGAACAAUAUUGAUGAUGACUUCGAAGACAGUGUAAAAGAGAACACCACAUUAUUGAUAUCACCAUCGACCAAGACGAAGAUGAUCCACGAUGACAGGUCACCACUGCGAACACUCAACACUUGAUACUUAUUUAACACUUCUUAACAUUUACUUAACACAGAGGUCAAGGUCAGGUCAGGGAUGUGAUAUUUGUUUUAUUCAUUCCAUCGAAUUGAACUCUCACUCACUCACUCACUCACUCACUCUUACAGAACUAGUUUGCUUUCUGUGUGUUUGUUUGUGUACAAUAAAUAAAUACAUAAUAAUAAUAAGCUGCCAUUCA